AUGGAAUUUGAGCUGGAACCAAUCAAGCUGACCAUGGGGGAGGUUGUCACCCCCUUCCACUGCAUGAAGUUUGACAUGGCCACAGAAAAACAGAGACUGGAGCAGAUGGACUCUCUUGUGAAGGAAACCUGUGACAUGGAGGUGGGCCUGAAGAGGACCAGAAGUGGACGGAUAAUAAAGUCCACAACGGAGACAAACGUGACCCUCAAGAGCAAGCAGUCGGCAACAGUGAAGGACAAAAUGGUUUCUCAGUAUGACGUUCUCAGCAGCCAGGAAUCGUUGGCUUCCUCCACAGCUAAUAAGAAGCGCAAAUUCAGCGAGCCGAAAGAGCACUACUGA